UUUCAAUACAUCGAAACCUUAGCACUUCCCUGCGGUGCCUCCGGUACCCAAUUUUCGGGAGCGUCGGUACGAUAAAGGCACAAGGAGCCCAGAUAAAGGAGGGUCGGGCGUUCCCUGAUCCUUAUCCUUAUCCUGUAUUCUCCAUUGUCUCAACCUUUUCUCCUGGAUCUACCACUUCAAACCAUUCAUUUCAGCACACGGCAAUUCUACGACGACGCUUACCGAUUUCUGCGAUUGAUUAUCAAAUUUCGAUUCUUCAUUUCGACACAAUGGCCGUUCUUGGAUCAUUUCGCAAGUGGUUGAGCCUCAAGCAAUACCAGCUGGAGGUCACUUUCAGUGUGUACAUGUUCACGCCCUGGGAGAAGUUCUUUUUCAGCUCCAUUGUUUUUCUCCUCUUCAGCUUGACCUUCAUCGCCGCCUGUCUUUACCUCCCGCAUCACAUCUCUUUCCUCGUCGGUCGCGCCUGGUACUAUAUCAACGGAGAGCACAUUGACGUUGCCGAGGUGGUGCAGGAGGCUGUCAAAGAUAUGUCUGCGAGCGCGCUGUCCGGGACACCUGCGAGUGUCAUAGAUGUUACAAAGGAGACCGUCGAGACGGUUGUGAGAGAACUAUAAAAUCCAGCACUGGAUCACUCACGCAACAUUCUUGGAAAUGCAUACAUGCUGGACAUUGGCACAGAAAUGGCAUUAUAACGAGGAGGCUCUACAUAGAUGAGUCGUAAGAGCCAGUCUUUAACCAAAGAUCCGCGAGAGAUGGCUCGGGUUUCAUCUGGUAUACGAUAUAAUGGAUAUGGAUAUGGAUCUACAAUACUUUGGCCAAUAGAUGGCUGUAAUGAUAAUACACUUUUACUUGGUAA